AUGACCCGGGGCAACCAGCGUGACCACGAUCGGGCCAAGGCCCAGAAGAAGGCGGCUUCGGCGAAAUCUAAGAACACCUUGAGCGGCACCGAGUUCCAACGCGCCAAGGAGGAUGCGGCUGCGAUUAUGCGUGAGAAGCAGCGCAAGGGUAUGUGGAUUCCCUCAGGACCCGCUAGCCGGUCGGUCAUCUCCAUGUGCGCCAACGUGGACUAA